AGCAAUUUGUUUCAGUGGCUUCCUCCUCGCACCUGCGAGGCCAGCGGGCUGUCGUUGGAUGGUGGUUCUGGCUCGUCUCGCAUGGGCUUAUCGGCAUGCCGCUGCGAGCACGCCCGUGCACCUCUCGGUGUCCUCCGCCUCGGCCGUUGGCAAAAGCAAGAUCAAUCUGAGAAUGGCUCAUGACGAGCCGUCGGUAGCCGACACGGCGCGCGAGGUCAUGCUCGCCCAGUUUGUCCAACAUCAUCGGGUUGUGCCCACAGUACGCGACGGUGGAUCGCAGGCACCCGCAUGUUGGCACCAACGUGAGCGAGAUUGGCCUGUGGAAAUCUGCGCGGACAGCUAGCACUACUGCGCCGCCGCGUGGUCCCGAUGGCAACGGCCUGGGAGGUCCUCCUGAUGCUGGGGCUGACCUCCUGGGUUCUCAUGACCGACGUCGUGUGCGCGCCCCACCUGGAGGUUCUGCUGAUGGAGGUGAUCCUUGGCACGUUUCUGGCGCUGGAGAUUCAUGGGCGGCGACUGCUGCACUGCCCCCUGCCAAGGCGCCGAGAACGCGAUGCGAGAUCCGAGAAGAUGCUGCCGCAGACCAUCGUUGGGGGCUUCCGCUUCCUGCCGCCCCAGCUUUCCAAUUCAAGGCGAAGUCGUUGGAGUUCGUGCCCGUUGCUGUCGGCCCUCCUGUUGUUCAGCUACGCAGUGCAUUGCGCAACACGCAAGUUGUCGAUCGACUACCCGAUCCAGUCUCUCGCGAACGGUUUGUUGCUGGUGAUGACGUUCGCGCGCCUGCUGGUGUUGGACGCGAGCUUCUCGAUGAUCGCGAGCCGUCGCUACACCUGUUGGUUGCAGCGUGCAGGCGAACAGCGAUGGCAAGAGCAUCCUCUUGCACUCUGCUGGGGGUUCUUCAUUGGUCGUCCUCCCGUCGGGCCUCGAUCUCGUUGGCUGCGGAUACAGGCGACUUGAUGGACAAUUGCGUGUGAAGAUUGUGAACCACCCUCUCAGGUACGCCUUCGGCUUCCUGGACGUGGCGCGCUAUGCGCCGACUGGCCUCCGAAACUGUUCGGCGGCGCGCUGGGCUUCCACUUGGCCGCCGCGCCGCUAGUCGGCCUGACGGGUUAUCCUGGGCUUCGCCUUCGGCCAGUUCCUUUUCUUCGGGGGGGUGCUUUCCUGUGUCGCGGGCCGCUGGGGAGGUGCCUUUAGCCCCGCACUGGUCGAUGCGAACAAUGAGCGCGCAGGGGGG